ACAGGUGUAGCUCAAAGUGCUUUAACAACACGCCACAAAUGAUAACAAAGAAUAAGAAAAGUCACUUUAGGUCAAACGUCAAAACUUUUUUGCACAGAUGCAGCAUAAAAACAUUAUAUGACAAUUCAAGCAUCACAAAAACGUAAAAAAGCUAAGAUAAUAAAAAAGUACAAAAUGAAUAAAUACAAUAAAAUCUUUAAAACAAUUAAAUACAUUAAACAAACUAAAAUAAUAACGACCAAUUCAGUGUGAAGCAGUCAAACUCAGCAGUUUUUGCAAUUAUAUUUAUUGAACAUUAAAUGUAGGUAUAAAUAUGCUUCUUCUACUUUCACUGGGUGAUCAACCUUUCCAUUGGCCUUCACACCAAGCCCAAGCAUCUACAAUACAGGAAGUGGUCUGGUGGAGACAUUUAUGUCAGGCUUUUUUUUACUCAUAUUCAUCUAUCAUUGUGAACAAUACUUCUUGAUUGGAAUAUAUUGUUAAACAUGAUCCACUUUGAUCUUAAGAAAAGAGAAACAUUGUGACAAACAUUUAGUCUGUCGUUCAUGUGAAACGGAAAGACAUCAAAGUGCCUCUGCAGAUGAACUGUAAUGGUCUUGUGGUUUUGUCCCGUGAUGCUUAGAGGGGUUUGCAUCGAGCACAACCACAGCGCUGCUCACACUGUGAGAGAUUCUGACGAUGGAUACUGACGGGUGGAUGUUCCUUUUAGCGCUUCACUUUAUUUGUGUGACUUCAAAUGACGAGCCGUACAAUAAGAGCUCUUGUGUGAAGGAUCCAGAUGUGUGUGAGAUACACACACUCAGCACUCAGCUUGGCUCCUCUGUGCUUCUCCCAUGCAACUUUGAACAAAGUAACGUCAACAGGGUGUCAUGGACCCAAACUCCUGAUCUGCACCUGCUGCAGCUCACGUCUGCAGGUCGCAUCGUGUUCCUGAACCCCAGGUUUGGUCGUGUGAAGGCCUUUCCAAACCAGGGCCAAGAGGGGAACUUCUCCAUCAGCAUCAAUGAGCUAAACAACUCAGACCUGGGGUGUUAUGUCUGUACACGAGGAGAUGACUGUCUUCAACUGGAGUUGGUUGCUGAACAUGGUGCUCAAAGCGUAAACAUGAUGCUACUGAUUUACAUCAGUGUGGCUCCUUUCAUCCUGCUGAGCGUCGGUGGCUACUGCUGCAUGAAGUUCUGCUGUAAAAACACAGCUUCGUACAAUCCUGAAGGUGCAGGUACGGAGGGUGUCAGUCCUUCACAAGAGGAAACAGGCAGAGUGCCAGGCGGCCAACAGCAGGGAGGUGCACACAAUCCUAAUCUUGUUUAUGAAAAUGAGGACCAAGGCCCAUUCAACCAGCAGGGGGAACCCAGAGAUUAUUGCAACACAGUUUCAGGAGCGAUGCCACAUCCCGACCUGACUCUGCACCCUGACAGCAGCAGGGGGAUUUAUCCAAACCUCAACCAGUUCCAGAGGGCGGAGAGUCAGAGGACUAAACUGAGAUUUCAUAGAGAACUCUUCAACAGAUUACGGCAAGCAAGUGUCAAGCGCCCUUAUUACGUUAACCAAGAUGAAAUGAGGCAACAACAAGCCAGUUCAACUCUGGAGGAGAAGCGUCGCAGAGUUUGAUUGUUUGUUAUUGUGUUUGGCUGCAGGUUUGGGGAAGAAGAAAGCCAAAGAAAGUGAGUGCUGAUCUGUUUGCAUGUUCAGGAUGAAGCAAUAUCUGCUCAACUUCUCUCCAACUUCUCCAUUGUUUCCCUGUCAGAUGCUGAAUUAAAAAACCCGAUAUACAACAGGAGCGUAGACCAGCUCAACCACCUAUAGAGAAUUAAAGAGAGUUUAAACAUCUGCUGAGAUAUUAGCAGUAUCAACAUCCUUUCCAAUCACGGUUGUGUUUACUAUUUUAACAUACUAUAACUUGAUACAUGUCUUGUUUGCUGCAUAAUAGUACUGUUUUUUUUCUGUACCUCUAUAAGACAAUGACACCUUGUUGUUGGGUGAUGUUUAUCAAAUAAAAUCUUAACAUAAAA